AUGAGACGUGCGGUCACCACUGCUCAACGCGCGUUCUCCUCCCGAUUCGCCGUACAACCACAGAAGGCGUCCACGUCUUCAGUUCCAGAUCGCUCCACGCUCGAGAAGGGUACUGUACAGCCGACGGUUCUGAAGCCGUUCGUCUCGGCCUCACUUCAACAUGAAGAUCUAUUCAAUUUUGAGAAAUUGGUUCAUGUUGAUGAGAUGUUCAAAGCGAGACUUCACUACGGACAUAAGAUCGGCACCGUCAAUAACAAUAUGAAAUGGGCGUUGUAUGGAGAGCGUCUGGGAGUGUGCGUCUUCGAUUUGGACAUCACGAAACAGUAUCUCGUGCGAGCGCUCAACUUCGUCGCUCAUGUUGCGAUGCGCGGUGGAAUGAUUCUAUUUGUGACGUCCAACCGGGACACCAUGUUUGAUGUGGAGAAGGCUGCAGAGGAGGUCGGACAAUACUCGCACGUGAGAAAAUGGCAAUCCGGAACGCUAACCAACACUCGCCAGCUUCUGGGUGCCUCCGUUCGACUCCCUGAUGCGGUAUUCUUCCUGUCGACUCUCACAUCACUCGGUGAAAACCAUCCGGCAAUCAUCGAAGCCGCGAAAAUGACGAUUCCGACGAUCGGAGUGGUCGACUCGAACUCGGAUCCCGCCUAUCUGACAUACUUGAUUCCAGCCAACGACGACACCCCGCAAUCCACAGAAUACCUAUUGAGAAUGUUCAAGGAAGCGAUUCGAAAGGGGCAGGACGAGAGGAAGCGUUUGCAGCAAAGAGGGAAAUAA